GACUAACAAAUGUUAAAAAAAAGCUUUGUGUCUGUAAGCACAGUAAAUUUGUUUUGGAAGUCAUUUAGAUAUUGUGUAAGUGAAUGCCAUGUUGCAAUCUUGCACUAAGGCCAAAAGCAGAACACCAAGCUCAGACUCUGCACUUUUGUAAUCUAUCAGCACAACUUUUCCCCUCUUUUAACAGCCAUAGUGGAAGCACACUGAACUAGCAAGUGACUUUUAUAGCUAAUCCUUGCAUAGUCUUUGCUCCAUAUUCUUCUUCCAAUUUUUGUCUCAUAAAACCAGUCACUGAAGUUAAUGCAACUUAUCACCCAGCAGAAGUUACAGUAUGAAGAAACAAAAAGCUGCACAUCAAAGAGUCUUCUGUGCAGACAGAGCAGACAAAAGGCUUCUUUGUGAUGAAUGUGCAGCGUUAGCUCUGCCACUCUAAAUCAGCAGUGAAUUUUCUUCAAUUCUAGCAUUGAAGUAAAAGAAUGUCCUUUGUUCUUGUGGGGGUUUACUCUCAUUUCCAAACUGCUGGCAGGCAGUAAGCAUUGACUUAACACACAAAAUUAAUUUCCUGUGUUCAGAAUCGUGAUAUUCUUUUAUAGAGGUGUAUCUUGGUUUAUUCAAAUUAGUAAUAGGUAAUUCACUUCACUGCAGUUAUUCCUGCAGUGAAGGGAAACAAGCAGCUUCCACAGUGAUGUCUGGAAAUCAUAGGAACCACUGCUAACAAGACCCCUGAUUUUUUGCCACAGCCUCCAUGGAGAUAAUGUAUUGUUGUUGUUGGUUGUUGUUGUUAUUGCAAUAUAUGGCUGUAGUUAAUGUUGUGAAUACCUGAGUUUGCAAUCACUAGAGUUUGGUUUCUAGGAAAAUAGUAUGAAAGAGCCAAAAGAAAUACCAUCACAGCUCCCAUCCAAAAUUACAGGGAUUAGGGCAGACCUUUCCACCCACAUGCAGGGUCAGGGACAUUUCAAUCACGUUUCAAUACAAGUGGACUUUUUUCUAUAAACUUGGUAUAAAAUUAUCACUUGCUUUUGUUAGUACUGUGAUGACAAGAUAUUCCUUUGUGUUUCUAAAGGGGGAAUAUGGCUUCUUAAUUUACCUUCAAGGACUAAUCAUAUUUGCAGGUAGUUUGGAAGGGAAAUUGGCCCUUUUUGUAUUUGGUAUUAAUUGCUAUGUAAUUAGUAUUUGUUACAUAGAGGCCUUGUGCUUUUUGACUGAAAGAUUUGCAUCAUGUUUGACAGCAAAGCAGUUAUCUACUAGAGACAGUUGUUUUAUGUUACCAAUAAGAAUGAGAAAGAGUGAAAUAGCAUUUGGUGAAAGUGUGAGAAAUUGUAUCUCUAGGCAGGCUGGACAAGUAACUUUAACACUGGGUUAAAAUGGAAUGAUGGAGUCUAGUAGAGAAGUUACUUUAGAAUCCUAAGAAAAUCUGAGAGUGUAAGUGAGGAAAAAGAAAUGGCAAAGGGGAAACAUAAAGACCUAGAUUAUGGAGAAUGAGAGUAGUGUUGAUGGUGCUAAUAAAACUUUGUUAAGGGGUUGGCUUUGGGCAGAGAUUGUUUUUUCAGGGUCUUCACUUCUGCAGUGUAGAAUGGGUUUGGAGUGAGUGUGCAGCUAAAACAUGAUAGAACAUGAUGAAAUCAGUUGCCUAGGAGUAUUAAUUUCCUUCUUCAUAAAGUCAGAAAUUCAGGCUUUUUGCUGUCUCUCUGUUGGUAAAGCUUGUGUGAUACACAUCCAAUGUGGGAAUUUACGACUGCAAGCCAUAUACCGUUUAAUAUACUUACAUAAAUGGCAGACUCAUUAGUUUUCAGCUCAUGAAUUUUAAGACUUCUGAUGUGAUACCUCGCUUCCUUUGUGUUAUAUCUAAAAGCAAAUUAGUGACCUGUUUAUUUGCAUUGUGGGAUAUGAGUUUGUUAAGGUCCCAGUAAAGAAGACAGACUGUAAAGUAUUGCUUAAAAUACCAUUUGUUGUGGCUAACACUGUAAAGAAAAAGGAUGGUGUAGGUAGUUUUAUUUCCUUCCAGGUGCUGAGUCUUGUAGUAUUGAACAGGUCCCAAAUCAGAGCUCAGCAGACUGGGAAGAUCAUGUCCAGGGAAAGAGGCGUCUGACAUUUUGGUUUUUUCAGCUCUUACAGAAUUUUUUUUAAGACAAUUCUAUUUCUCAUGUCUACUGUCAAACAGAGAGUCAAUUCGCUUAAGGGCUGUUGCACUUUUAGAAGAAGACAAGGACACGCAGUCGGUGUAAGGAGCGGUAUGGAGUGAGAGCCACCUGUGGGCCCCUCUCCUCCGGCUGGCGUGUCCUGCAGCCACGGGAGAUGUCACAGCAGAGCCUGACCGCCAGGUCUGCAUCAGCACAGCGCCGGCCCGCGCCUCCUGUGGCCACCGCCGAUCCCUCGUCCUGGCAGCAUCACUACUCCGGGAGGAGACAGCCCUUGGAGAAAGAGCCGCAGUGAUGCACCUACAGGCUAGGUUUUGAGAGAACCAGUGUUUUCAGGGCAGAUAUACAGCCUGGGUGGGUGGGGAGUGAUCCUAACUGGAACUUUUAAGUAGCUUCCAUAUCAUCAUCAUCAUCAUCACCAUCAUCAUCACAAUUAAUGCUCAUACUACUAAUAAUAAUAUAUUAUAAAAUAUAGUGUGAUGCCUGAAAUAGAUACAUUUACCUCUCCCUGUUAUUUUGUUGAACUCUGGACUGAUGGAGGGUGUUUUUGAGCUUGUGCAUAGUUUUACAUUGUCAUGAAUGAAUUAAUUUUGUUAGGGGCAGGGGGUGGUGAUGUUUGGAUUUUCUCUCUCUUCCAGUUUAUAAAUAAACUUUUUUACAAUUUUUUAAAAUUAUAAAUAUUUUUGAAAGAAGUAGCCUGCAAAACUCUUAGCUGAAAGUAGGAACUUCUGUAUUUCAUAAUGGCUCAUUGGCAAACAGAUGGCACAUUUUUCACCUAGUAGAAAAGUAAAAAUAAUAAUUAAAAUUAAACUGUGAAAAAGUUUACUCAACACAGUAUUCAACUUCUCCUUGAUUUAGGGGGAAAAACAUCCAGCUGCUCAGUUAUCGUCCUUGUGAUUCAUCAGCUGCUGUCUCCUGGGCAGGUCUGACUGCUGAUUGGGCACAGAACUUCUCAAGGUGUGUCUUUGUCAAGAAGCUUUUGCAUUUCAAGAGCACACAGUAGACCAUGAUAGCCUCCUGCUAUGCUGAGAUCUCUAAGUUACACUUGAGAACCAAAGUUCUACUGGAAGGUGUCCUACACUGCAGCAGUAUGGAUCAUCCUGUCUCUGCACUUGUGCUGCUCUUGGAGCAGAUUGCUACAGAAUAUGGUGAGGCAAGGCUGGAGAGCUUCUGAGGAAGAGGGUCAGUGCACAGCACAGUGUCAGUAGGAGCUUGUGAGGAGUUCUGCAGAACUGAAGUCAGCAGGCUCUGGCUGUUCAAGCUGAGAAGCAGCUGUGGAGUCUUUUCAACAGUGAAUACUGGCUCAAUUUCAGCACUGAACUAACACUGCUUGUGCAGAGUUAUAGGCAUUGGGAAGAAAUAGAUAAUGAAGUAUCUACCCAUUUCUAACUGGCUGGCCCAGCUUGGUCUUGCAGAAUAUUGCACACUCUUUGAACAGUACGAUGGUAUAGAGGACUUAUUCCAUCUUACGGAAGUUGAUCUUAGAAAACUGGGAAUUGAAAAUCAAGGCCACCGAACACACCUCAUUUCCAAUAUCCUGCUGCUUCAGGAGGUAAAGCAAAAGAGAGAACCAAAAAUGAUAGCUGCAGGAAAAUUUUCAAGUCUUCCCAGAAAUGGCCCAGUGAACCACCAGUUCUCAUUAGCUUCUUCCAUGGACCUUUUGACCACAAAACCUUCACCAAUUGAGCAUCGCUCAAACUCCUUCCAAGGCAUCUCCAUCCAUGGCACUCUGCCCAGGAAGAAGAAGGGAGCAGUUCCCUCUAGGUCUUGUGAUAUGUUUGGCCACGUGGGAACGUUGCCUUACACCAGAGCAUGGCAGCAGCCACCUUUUAUACAGGACAUUAUAGAAGAAUACCCUCCAGAAAAUGGAAAGAGCAGCGACCUCCAUGCCAGAGAUCAGAAUAUUCUGGAUCCUGCAUUGGCAUAUGUUAAGUUUUCUAGGGAGAGGCAGGCUAUGGACAACAGCCCGGAAAAGCUGAAGAAGGAGUUAGAGGAAGAGCUGCAGCUGAGUAGUGAAGACUUGCGUAGCCAUGCCUGGUACCACGGACGUAUUCCCCGGCAGGUGGCAGAAGGCCUUGUUCAGAGAGAUGGAGAUUUUCUGAUUAGGGAUUCUCUCUCCAGUCCUGGGAACUUUGUUCUUACCUGUCAGUGGAAAAACACCCCUCAGCAUUUUAAAAUCAACAAAACAGUUCUAAGACUCAAUGAAGCCUACUGUCGUGUUCAGUACCAGUUUGAACUGGAAAGUUUUGACACUAUCCCUGGCUUAGUCAGAUACUACGUUGGGAACCGCACACCAAUAUCGAAGCAGAGUGGAGCAAUUAUUUUUCAGCCCAUCAACAGGACUGUGCCUCUCAGGUAUCUAGAAGAAAAAUAUGGUGUAACUCCAGUCCAACAGAAAGAGCCAAGCACCCCUGGAGGAAAAACAGAAAGUGCAAAAAGGCUGAGUCUUGGUAUAUCCAGCAUGCAAUCCCCGGAGCAGAGCAUACCCAGAGGAAAUCUUCUGAGAAACAAAGAAAAAAGUGGUAGCCAGCCAGCUAGUUUGGAUCAUGUUCUGGAGAAAAGAUUCCCUUUAAAGGCUCACCAGUCAGAGAGCUAUCUGCUAAUAGGUUCAAGACAUCCAUCUCGAUUACCUGAAGCAGAUGCAAACUCCUGUCCAAGCUCACCUGCAUUUAGAACAGGCAGUGAACCAUCUCUAAGCCCCACAGUUGUUCAGAAAGUCACCUCAGAGUCACAGCUAGGGGAAGCUCUUAGAGGAUCAGACAGUCAGCUCUGUCCAAAGCCUCCCCCUAAACCUAGCAAAGCCCCCCUGAUGAAGACCCCAGAUUCUCCUUUGGCUUCCCACAGCUCUGAAGGACAUUACUGUGAACUCAACCCAGCCAGACAUCCUACAGCAGCAAAACAACCCUUGUGUCAGAAAAACAGUUAUGUGGAACAUCUGACACAAAAGGAGAAGGCAACAUUCAGGAACUCUGAAACAAGCUAUUUGAUCCUUGAUGAAGAUCCUGCAAUGAACCCUGCAGAUCCUUCAGAAGCUUCAGCUCAGAUGGCUGAAGAAGACAGCAUCUUUUCUGCACCUGUUUAUGAGACAGUGUCUAGUUUUAAACCGAAUGAUUUUGAAUCCAAACUACUUCCCCCUGAAAACAAGCCAUUGGAAACAUCCAUGUUAAGAAGAGUUAAGGAGCUCUUCACCAACAAUAACCCAAAGAUUAUUGCACAGCAUAUUCUCAGAAUGGACUGCAAGGUGGCAAGGAUAGUAGAAGUUUCUGACGAGAUGAGGAGGAAUAUGGGAGGGAACUCUGGUCUUGAACUGAUCACUUUGCCUUACGGACACCAGCUGCGCCUUGACCUGAUUGAGAGGCACAAUACCAUGGCAAUAGGAAUAGCUGUUGACAUCUUGGGUUGCACAGGAAAUGUAGAAGAUCGAGCAGCAACAUUAAACAGGAUCAUCCAAGUUGCUGUGGAGUUGAAGGAGUCACUAGGGGAUUUAUAUGGAUUUUCUGCCAUUAUGAAAGCACUGGAAAUGCCACAGGUCAGUAGACUAGAACAAACCUGGACGGCUCUAAGACACUGUUAUACCCAGACUGCCAUUAUGUAUGAAAAACAGCUGAAACCAUCGUGCAAAGCUUUGCAUGAAGGACAAGAUGACUGGACUAAAACUCUCAGAGCUCCACAGAACAACAUAACAGUGCCACUGCUGAUGCCUCUUGUUACCUUGAUGGAGCGCCAAGCUGUUGUGUUUGAAGGCAUGGAGCUGUGGGAAAGCAGUGACCAAAGUGGUGAAAUAAUGCUCAGGCACCUGGGCACAGCUCGCCUGAUCGCGGAGCACGCCGAGACCUUCCGCCUGACGGCCGAGCAGCUGCUGCAAGGUUUCCAGCCAGACGAAGAGCUGAGUGAAAUCUUCAAGACAGAAUUUCAAAUGAGAUUGCUCUGGGGCAGCAAAGGAGCACAAGUUAAUCAGAGUGAAAGAUACGAGAAAUUCAACCGGAUCUUAACUGCACUUUCCCGAAAACUGGAACCUCCUCCAGUGAAGCUGGUGGAACAAUUAAGUAUAUAAGACUCUGGAAACACUGUUAAGUGAUAUACUUGAAAUAACCUUAGCAUUCUUCUGGCAAUUUGAUACUGCACAAACUUCUUGCAUUUCACAAGAUGUUUAGAACUUUUAACUGCACAAUGCACACUUGUUUUAAAACUACUGAUUUCUAAACAAAUUAUUUAUUUACUGUGUCACCGAGUCAUUUACUGACACCUCUAAACAGUUAGGUUAUCCCUUUAUUUCCCCCAAGUUGCAAUGUUUUAAUGAUGCCAAGGAGUAAGGGCAUUGGCAUCUUAAUAUUAAGAUGAAGCAAAUAGUGUAAAUAAAAUGAUAGAGUAAUUAUCUGACAGGGCAGGAAAUUUGUUGUAUAAUAUUCCUUUAAUGAAUAUAAAAAACACUGUAGAUAGAAUUGUGAAGUGUAUCUUUAUGGAAGAUAAUUUGCAUAUUUACAAAUGACAGAAACACUGCAAGUUGCAGUAACGAUCCUUUAUCUAUAACUAGAAAGCUCAGACAUCACUGUGCCUAUGAAAGCAGUCUGUGUGUCAGGACAACUUCCCCUUUUUUUUAAGGCAGCCUCUAUAGUACUUCAGCUUUUGCUGGGGCCUGCACAACAGCUAUGCUGCCAGGAAUGAAUGAUGAAAUGGCAAGAACAAACAAUCAAGAUAAUUAAAAUGCUUUCAGACAUGAGUAAAUGUGGGUGUAUGUAUGUAUGUGUUAAACUUGCUUCAUUUACUGAGGUGAAUCACUUUGGUAAGUACUUUUUCCUUGGAUGAAGACAAAGCAUAAGGUGUUACCACUUUUUUACAGGAAAUCAGCAUGCACACAGCUCAUUGUACAAAGAGUCUUAGCAGCAAAUCCCACAUUGUUAUAUACGGAACUGGUGGCAGGGUUGUCCUGAGAUGUACAACUAUUUAAGUCAGAGCUGCACGUGCUUGUUGUCAGUAAGCCUAUUUCUGGAGUGAGAUGUUAUUACUCAGAGUAGUGGAGUACUGGAGUAGGAUGACAACAAAGCCAACACCGGAUCUGUUCCUCCUAGCUACAAUCACAGCAGAGGAUUUUACCUCCAGAACAAGAUUUUACAGACCUCAUACUGAACAUGGGCCUGUCAAUCUUAACAGAAGACAAAUGGGGAAGCUAAUUACUUAGACCAUGAAAAGAUUUUUUUUAUUCCAUGAAAAUAUUCUCAACAGAGAACACUAUUUUUAAACAAAGCAUUUAACAUUUAGGAAAUCAACAUGUGCACAAAAAAGGAUUAAAAAAUUACUGGAAAAUGUUUGAUUCUUUAAGACAACGCACGUUCAGAAUUUUAGAGUAAGUGAUUUAUAAGCUGUGCAAGUACAAAUGCUUUUUCCUAUGUUUAAUAACCCUCAUACAAGUUGCACUAUCCCUCUUGAAAGCAACCUGCCUCCAAAGGAAGCAAAUCCUGGUUUCAGAAAAACAAACAGUAGUGUGAAAAGAACAUUUAGUCUUUUACCAGGAAGUGUUAUUACUGACCUCCGAGGCUGUUAGCCAGGCAGACCACAGGCCCUUAACCAGAAAAUACACAGAUCACAUUUCUUCCUCUUCACAGAAUUACAGAAUCACAGAAUAUUCUGGGUUGGAAGGGACCCACAAGGAUCACUGAGUUUUCUCCAAAAUAAAAAAGUACUAAAUUUUUAAAAAAGAAAAAAAAAGAAAAGAAAAAAAUCCCAAUCCCAACAACCCCCCCAAAAAGCCCAAACCCAAAAAAACUACCUAAGUAGUUUUGUCAGUAUUGAGUAAUGUCACAUUAUUAUAUAAAUAACCCUGUAUACAAGCUCCAAAAAUCUAAACUUUAGAGUUUAAUAGGCCCCAUAAUACACUAGGUCAAGCUGUGUAAUAGUGGUAUACAUAACAAAGGAAUAAACCUCUACACAAGUCACUCAAAUUCAGUUUUACUGGUAGUACAGUUCCUAAUAACACUGAAAUGAAAAAGAAUCCAGCACUGCUGCAUCCACAUAUUGCUUCAGACCCCAGAAAAACAGGAUGUUUUAAUUAUUAUUCCAUCAUACACUGCCAAACAGCAGGUGGCUGGGUUGACAAGCUUGUGUUGAUGUAAGUGUCCCUCCCCCCCCAACAUUUCUAGUCUAAGUCUUAUCACCCUAAUCAAUCAGAUAUGAUGUACUUAUUAAUAGAACCACAAAUGGGAGGCAAGACAACAUAAGCAAUAGGGGCACUGCAGACAACUAUAUUUACACGUAUAAACAUAUCCAAAUUUCAAUUGUUUACAAGUAAAAGUGCACAAAGAUCAUUACGAAGUAUCACUCAAAUGUCACCUGGUCCAUACAAUGAAGCAUCACCUGGAAAUGGACUAGCACUGCAGUAAUUGAAAUUGGAACGUCAUAGUGAAAAACUAAAAGACAGUUUCCAUAAAAAUCUUUUAAAAAAAUAUUAAAGUCAAAUGAAGAGAUACACAUUUCAAUGUAUAAAAGUCAUGGAUGCACCAUGUAUCCAGUAAAGUAGAGCUCUAGAAAACACCUACCGUGGCUACCUCAGCAGCUGCAGCACUGUGGAAAGAGCUGAGACUCAAAGCCCUUUGUGGGAUACUGUAAGUGGUAGUGUUGGCAAACAACAGAUUUAGGCACUCUAGUUUAAGGCAGCAGUUGAAUGGCAAGUGGUUGACUUCUGAAAACAGUCAUUAACUUGCAGUGGUGAAUCCUCUGGUUGUGCUCCAGGCUGUCAGUGCUCACAACAGGUUACUGAAGGGCUGAAGGUGGACCACAGUUCUAGAAGUUUCUCUUGAUUGCAUUGUAGGCUAGAGCUGAGAUGCAUUAUUUCCCCAAAUUAACAAAAUACCUUACAGUCGCUUAUCAGUUAUGCCAAACAUCUGGAAUGUAAUGAUAGUUGCAGUGGUAUUGUUAUAGCAGCAUACAUGGAUACUGGGAUGAAACUCUAGUGCUGAAGAUAUUUAAAGAAAAUGAUUUGUUACAAAACAAGAUGAGCAAUGAUGGCAAAGUGUUACACAGAACAUGCCUGAGUGUCCUAGGCAUGCAGGAGGAGGUUAACGGCGAGCAUGGAGGUGGCACAGGCAGACUGAUAAUUGACACAGGGCUCUAAAUGACUGCCAAUAAAAGUGACUUGGAAAUGAGUAUCAUUGAGAAAAUCAAAACGUAGCACAAGCUAAAAUAUAGUUUGUGCACCUAGGACAACCUAGGACAAUGAAAAUAAAGCAAUUUUAGGAGCAGUAGCCUUUUUACUCUGGUAAUGGAACUCUAUUUUCCUGCACAAAUUGAAGAUUUUGUAAUACAUCCUUACCUAUAUAUGGAGAUGCUAAGAUGUUAGUGACUACUAAAUGUAUGUCUGCAUGCAUUCAUGCAACUAGCUUGUCCCUUGGGCCUCCCAGUCUAGCACCCCUCCCCUCCCCACCCCCACCCCCCCAGCAGCUGCAUGUAACCUCCUUCAAGAUCUCGCCCAUUUUCUCAGAAACCCGCUUCAGGAACCUGCAGUCCAAGAGGAAAAAGAAAAGAACAAAGUUACUGAAGGCCUUUAGAAGACAGAGAAGCGUGCUCAGUUCUAACAGGCCAUUCUCAGUGGCUGUAAGUUAGCCUUCUACUUAAUUCCACAAACUCUCAUUAGAAAUACAAAAUAAGCUUUUUUUUUCCCAGUAAUCAAGUUGUGCAAUGCAGUUUCCAAUCCUCAGUGAUUUAACAAUGAGGAGAAUUCCUGUACAUUUAAGACACUGUCUUCAGACUAAACACAAUACAAUUCAAAGACUUAGUUAACACACACAGAUUAAGAAUAUAAAAUCAUUCCCUUAUCAGGAGCAGAGAGUUUCCAUUAAGACAUCAAGCAUUACACGUGAUCUUUUUUUGUCUGUUCAAGGUAUCUAGAGUUAAAACAAUGACAUCAUGUCACAUACAGAACAUUCUACGUUACAAGUACUGAAAAGGAAGGAGAUAGGUCAGUGGACUUUCUGUCCUUCUUAAUCAUAAUGUUUUUUCCUGAGUAUUUUCGUUGAACUUUCAGAAUCAGAAAACAUUUUCCUGUUUAAGAAGUGAAAGCUGCCAAGUAUUUGCUAAGGAAGGAAAUUAAUAAUUUUCAGUAACUGAGUUCAGUUAGUUAUUAGAGGAAAAAGAUCUCUGUUUUAAGAAUAUAGUUUAAGUCAUAAAAGUGGGAACAGUAAA